CAAACCGGAAGUGUGCUGUUCAACUUGUUCCUGUCACACUGCAACGUCUGUCGUCUCGGUGUAGUUAUUCGUGUUUCAGCAGCAAUGACGCAGGAAAUGCGCUUCUUGAGGGCACAGCUAAAAGAGAAAGAAAAAGAGAUUGCAACUCUGAGGAGUAAACUGGACGUAUUCGAAAAGAAGAAUGGCUGCUUGGAUCCAGUGCUACAUGAUGGAGUAACAUCUCUUCCUCCACUUAAAGCCAAAGCAGCUCUUCCCAAUGAAGACAUCAUGCGUUACAGUAGACAGCUCCUCCUGCCUGAGCUGGGAGUACAAGGACAGCUGAACCUAUCCAAGACCUCGGUGCUGGUUGUUGGUUGUGGAGGACUUGGCUGUCCUCUGGCUCAGUAUCUAGCAGCAGCAGGUAUAGGGCGCCUGGGCCUGCUGGACUAUGAUGAGGUGGAGCUCAGCAACCUGCAUAGACAAGUGCUGCAUGGGGAGGAGAACCAGGGUCAAGCUAAAGCUCUGUCUGCUGCCAAUGCAGUUAGAAGGUUAAACUCAAGUGUGGAGUGUGUCCCUUACCACCUCCAGCUUUCGUCUGAGAACGCCUUGCAGCUCAUUCAACAAUAUGACAUUGUGGCCGAUUGUUCAGACAAUGUCCCCACUCGUUACCUUGUCAAUGAUGCCUGUGUGCUCAGUGGUAAACCUCUAGUAUCAGCGAGUGCCCUGAGAAUGGAGGGACAGUUGACCAUUUACAACUAUGAUGGAGGCCCUUGCUACAGAUGCUUGUACCCAGUGCCUCCGCCCCCAGAGACAGUGACCAACUGUUCUGACGGAGGCGUUCUAGGCGUCGUUCCAGGCAUAAUGGGUUGCUUUCAAGCACUGGAGGUCCUCAAGGUAGCCUCUGGACAAGGCUCUUCAUGUGGCCAGCACCUGGUAAUCUUUGACGCUCAAAGUGCCAGAUUCAGAUCCAUCCGGUUGCGUCCCAAGCAGUCGGGUUGUGCAGUGUGUGGUGAGAAGCCCAGUGUAACGCAGCUCGUGGACUACGAGGCCUUCUGCGGGUCAGCUGCAACAGAUAAGUGUCGCAGACUGAACCUCCUGUCCAGAGAUCAGAGGAUCUCAGUGCAGGAUUACAAAUCCAUUGUGGACAAAGCAGAGCCUCAUCUCUUGUUGGAUGUGCGCCCUCUUGUGGAGGUGGAUAUUUGCCAUUUACCCAGCUCGCUGAACAUUCCGCUCGCAAGUUUAGAAGAGAGGAAUAGUGAACAUAUCCAGUUACUUCAGGAGCACAUCUGCCGAUUGAAACAGCAUAAGGCCGGUGACUACUGGCCUCCAGUUUAUGUGAUUUGUAAGCUGGGCAACGACUCUCAGAAGGCGGUGCAGGUUCUAGAGAAGAUGAGUGGAUCAGAAGUGGACAAUAUCUCAGCGAAAGACAUCUGUGGAGGCCUGAUGGCUUGGGCCCGGAGGGUAGACCUCACAUUCCCACAAUAUUAAUGUUUUUAUUGUUUUUUUGAAAAUAAACAUGGUCAUUUUUUUACCACUACA